AUGACGUCCGUAUCGAAUACAGCUGAGAAAGAAACCCCCGAAGCAGGCAGCACGCACUCGAAAUCCACGGAUUCUUCCACCAAGAACGCAUCCGACGACCAUGAGUGGAUCCAGGGGAUACCGUUGUUUAUGGUGCUGGCGGGAGUGACACUGGUGGUGUUUCUGAUGCUCUUGGACGUGGCGAUUCUAUCUACCGCUGUUCCUGAAAUCACGAGCCAUUUCCACUCGCUGGACGAUGUUGCUUGGUAUGGCAGUGCCUAUACGAUAUCAAGUGCGGCUCUUACGCCUUUGACGGGGAAGUUCUAUUCGCAUUUUAGUUCGAAGUGGACGUUCCUUUUCUUCUUCGGUCUCUUUGAACUCGGAUCCCUUCUCUGCGGUGUGGCUACGUCGUCGAAAAUGCUGAUUAUCGGCCGUGCUGUCGGCGGCAUGGGAGGCUCCGGGAUGAUCAACGGCGCCUUGAAUAUCAUCGCGGGUGCCGUGCCCAUGCAGAAACGACCUCCGUUGAUUGGAAUCAUGAUGGGUGUCGGACAAUUAGGCCUCGUUUUGGGCCCUCUCAUCGGCGGUGCCUUCACCACCUACUCCACCUGGCGAUGGUGCUUCUACAUCAACCUCCCCUUCGGCGGCCUCGUCGCCAUCCUCCUCGUCUUCACCAAAAUGCCCGAACAAACGCCCAAAGGCCCACCUAUGGCCGUCCUCCGCGACAACUUCGUGCGCAAGUUCGAUUUCCUCGGCUUCACGCUUUUCGCGCCCGCCGCUAUCCAGCUCCUCCUAGCCCUGCAGUACGGUGGACACCAGUACGCAUGGAACAGCGCCACGGUUAUCGGCCUGUUCUGCGGCUCCGGGGGGACUUUCAUCGUCUUCUUCCUCUGGGAAUGGCACGAGGGCGAUAAUGCCAUGAUUCCGCUACGGAUCAUUCGCCGACAGAUCGUCUGGACGUCGUGUAUUCUGGCGAUGAUGUUCUUCGGCAUGACGAUGGUGUUGGCGUACUACCUGCCGAUUUACUUCCAGUCGGUCCGUGGUAGAACGGCCAUCAUGAGUGGUGUGGAUAUGUUGCCGAAUAUUCUGUCUCAGCUGGUGGCGGCUGUGGGAUCGGGGAUUCUGAUGGGCAAAAUCGGCUACUACCUCCCGUGGGCCUUCUUCGGCGCCGUCCUGACCACCAUCGGCAACGGCCUGCUCACCAUGCUCUCACCCACCACGCCCACCGGCCAAUGGGUCGGAUACCAGAUCCUCGUCGGUUUCGGCCGCGGCGCCUGCAUGCAAGUCCCCAUGAUCGCCGUCCAAAACGCCGUCACCGCCACCGACGUCUCCCCCGCCAUGGCCACCCUCACCUUCGCCCAGACCUUCGGGGGCGCGAUCUUCCUCGCCCUUGCGGAGGUGAUCUUCGCCGAGGGUCUGCGCGACAAGAUCCCGCAGUUCGCGCCGACCGCGAGCGUCGAGAAAGUCAUCGCUGCGGGCGCGACGGGGUUCCGGGCUAUUGUGUCGAGUGAGCAGUUGGGCGGCGUGCUGAUGGCGUAUGCGAAGAGUAUUGGCGAGAUCUUUUAUAUGGCGGUCGGGCUUGGGGUUGUGGCGCUGGGGGUGUCGUUUGGGAUUGGGUGGAAGGAUAUUCGGAAGAAUGGGGAGGGGAAGGGGAAGGGGGAUGAGGAGAGUGGUAGUGCGUGA